AUGGGUUAUAGAUGUAUUCAGUGUGGUUUUAACAUCAAAACACUUUAUCUUCAGUAUUCUCCGGGUAACAUUCGUUUGAUGAAAUGUGAGAAUUGCAAGGCUGUGGCAGAUGAAUACAUAGAAUGUGAAAUCACGAUUAUUAUAAUAGAUUUAAUACUUCACAAACCCAAGGCCUAUAGACAUCUCCUUUACAAUGUCAUCAAUCAAGAAACCUUGAAGUUUCAGGGACUGCUUUGGAAAUUGGCUGCCAUUUUUCUUCUUUUUGAUGCAUACAGAUAUUUGAUCUUGGAAAGCAGCAAAGGUAAAUCGAGUUCAUCAGUGAGUUACUCCUCACUAGUGUCAACGUGUUGCAAGAUGAUGGUGGAUGUCGUCUUUGGAAACUUUAUGUUUCUUUUAACCUUCUUCUUUAUGGUCAACAUAUUUCUUCAUAUAUCUCUCAGCGUUUCCAGGUGCAAUGGCAUUUUGCUUGGUCUCUUGAUUUCAUGUUACUUCAAGAUUUUUCUUAUUGCAAUGAUGGUUUGGGAAUUUCCAUCUCCUGUUAUGUUCAUCAUUGAAUUAUUUUGCUUAUCAUCUAAUGCAGUAGCAUUGAAAGUGAUGACGGAGUCAAGUAUGAGUCGAUGUGUAUUGACCUGCUUCAGUGCAUAUGCCAUCAAGUUUUUCUUCAUUCAGGCACAUGAACUGAUGUUGCUAUGGAAAUUCAUGCAAGGUUGGAGUCAAAUGCCAUUCACAUUGUCUUUAAAGUCGACAUUUAUUUAA